AUGCGGCGCGACAUGUCGACGUCCGGAUCUAUGGCCGAUGACACGAUGCAGCCUGAUUCCUUAGCUGUUGUACCUCCGGCUUCAACGCUGCAAACGUCUCACGAUGAUGAUCUAGAUUCCACGCUUGGGGACGACGAAGGAAGUGGUGCGGAUUAUUGUUCUGUUACAGAUAGUAUCUAUGAUUAUCGUGUCGAAAACGGUAGGACAUAUCAUGCUUACAUGGAUGGAAGUAGGUCUCUCAGAACCAUUACUGCUAGCAGUUUUAAUGCUGAUAGAAAUACUAUAGAGUAUUUGUUGCCUAACGACGAGAUCCAGUCUUUUAGGCUGGAAAGAGUAUAUAAGGCUAUUGACACGGUAUUCGAUGGCAAAGCGAUCUUUGCUCCACUCAAAAACCCUCAGAGAAUAGUGGACAUGGGUACGGGAACCGGAAUAUGGGCAAUAGAUGUAGGCGACCAGUAUCCUGAAGCACAUGUCGUAGGGAUAGAUCUGAGUCCAAUUCAGCCAAAGUGGGUUGCUCCUAAUGUCGAGGUACCUACCCAUACUCCCAAUUGCAAAAUAUUAUUCCUGGUAGGCGUGGAACACUAG